UUUAUUCUCUUGACCGACCACGUUUUUUCUCUGUUUAUUUUCUUUGUAUUUUUCAUUUCCAAAAAUGAAGUGGACCACAGCAAAUUUAAAAAAUCCCAGCUUUACAGCAAAUCAUGAAAUAUAUGUGGGCACAAAAACUGGCACUUUUAAAAAGUUGCUGCCUGCUUACGAGCAAAAUCCCUUCAAGCAAACCAAUUUGCAAAAUCUACGAGAACUAGACACAGAUUCCCAAAUAACAGCUCUUGGUUUUAGCAAUGAAAACAAAUCAGAGAUUCUCAUUGGUCGAGCCAAGUCCAUGGCCCAAGUGCAUUCAGUGCGCACCGAUCAAAUUCAAUACACCAUUGAUUUCGAGGAGUCUCCCAUAGUGGGUUUGGCACGUUUUGAAAAUCGUGUGGUGGCGGGUUUUGGAAAUGGCCACAUGCGUUGCUUGGCACUAAACGAGGAAGGUGAUAUAGACGCAGAUCAGCCUAAACUCAUUCUAGAUAAAGUUGGUGAUCAUAUGGACCACUUGAGGCAGUGUCCCAGUAAUCCUAAUAUUGUGGCCAUAGGAGGCAAAGGAAGACAAAAUAAUUUAAAAGUUUUUGAUAUGGCUGUUGAGGGAAAACAAUUAUUCUCUUCCAAAAAUUUACCCAAUGAUUAUUUGCAACUUGAAGUGCCUGUAUGGGAUAGUGAUGUGGGUUUCUUUGAUUCCCCUCAUACAUUGGCCACAUGUUCGCGAUAUGGCUAUGUAAGGGUUUACGAUACACGAAAGCAACGAAGACCGGUUCAGUGUUACUCCACCGAAGAUCAAAUGAGUUUUACUACAUUGGCAGCAAAUGGUAACUAUAUUUACACCGGAACCACAACAGGGGCCAUGAAGGCCUUCGACAUAAGGCGCAUGAAAACCUUUGUCCACACUUAUAAAGGUUUUACUGGGGGUAUUAGCGAUGUCUAUCUCUAUGCUACGGGCAAAUUUUUAGCCUCGGCCUGUUUGGAUAGAUAUGUACGCAUUCAUCAUGUGGACUCCUGUGUUCUUAUGUACCAGUGCUAUGUGAAAUCAAAAGCCACACGUAUUCUUAUACGUGAGUCUAUGGAAAAUCCCAAUGGCGAUGAUGAAGAACAGGAAUUAGAGGAAUCAGAUAACAAAAAGAAAAACAAAAGCAAUAAGAAAAAACCAUCUGAGGUAGUAUCCGAAGAUGAAGAAUAUGAGGAUAUGUUUGAAAACAUGCAGACUAUUUGUGACAAUGAAGUUGAUGGCGCUGGUGAUGAUCAAGCUGACAAUGAUUCUAACACAGACUCAGCUGAAAAUGAUACCACGGAAAGCAAAGCUAAGGCUGGCUCAAAAAGAAAAACUAGUUUAAAAUCUGGCAAAAAUAAAAAGAAAAAGAAUUGACCAAGCUGUUGUUCAAAACCCUGAAA